AUGUCUCACAUUGUCUUUCUUUUCCUUUCCUUUCUGUCCAUUCUCUCGUUGUAUUACAAGUCGAAAUUGCUUGUACAUAUCUCGUUCAUUUUUCCUUUCUUCAUUCCUGCGUUUGUUGAAAGCGUUAUUCGACUUAGUAAAUUCAUUCAAAGAUAUAUUCAACGUGAUUAUUCUUUAUUUCUUCGUUUCCUUAUUUGUCUUUUGAACAAACUUAUUUGA